AUGACGAGAUCCUUCACGACCAGGCGGCAUGCCGCCAUCACAGCCGUCGCCUGCCUGCUCACCCGUGGCACUGCUACAAACCAUGCCGGCGAGGGCGCUGCGCCGGCCGCCAGCCCUCCUUUCCCAGUCCUCCCCGUAGCUCAGUCAUCAGCACAAGUCAUGUCCAGCCCGCCCGCCCUGAGCUACCCCGGCGCCGCCAGCAACCAGUCCUACCUGGCCCUGGGCAUGGAGAUGCCCAUCCUGGCCACCGCCGGCGCCGGCUCCUCCGACAGCGCCGAGCUCAUCUUCGUCUCGCCAGAGUCCUACCUGCUCUUUGUCCAGCAGGGCAUGAUCCUGGACGGCUCCACCCAGCUCAACAUGAGCGGCGGCCUCCUGAGCUCAUCCGCCGACCCCUUUGUCUCGUUCGAGGAGCCCACGGGGCUCUUCUCCGCCGUCUCUGCCGCCAACUCGGGCUCGUCCCCCGGCUCGUCCCCUCCAGACAUGCGCCUCCUCGCCGUGUUGCUCUACAGCCCGCCCACCCCUCAGCCCGGAGCUGCCGCCUUCAACUGGACCGCCUGGGCCGCCGACAUGAGCGCCAACCCCUCGCUGCGCAUGAACUUUGACGUCCAGGACUUUGCCACCCGCUCCGGCCUCGGCGAGCCCGUUGCCGCCGAGGUCCUGAUCGUCGAGGACCAGGUCACAACCUCCUCCGACAACCCCGACGCCAACUCCCAGAGUCUCGUGCCUGUCAGCACCGUCAUCCCGGCCGCCGGCCAGGCCGAGUCUGGCAGCAGCAACAGCAACAGCAACAGCAACAGCAACAGCAACAGUGCCAGCUCUGUUUCCGCCACUGGGGCUGGGGCCGGGGCCGGUGGCCAGGCUGGGGCAGAAGCAGCGGCCGCGACUGGCGCGCUGCUCCCGGGCGGAAUGGCAACAGGCGGUGCUGGCGGGCUCAGCCAGAGCAGUUCGGCCGCAGCCGCAGGCGCGACAGGCGCAGCCUCUGCUGGUUCGGCCGCUCAGUCUGGCUCCGGGCCGAGCGGAAGCAGCGGUGAUGGUGCUAGCCCGGGUGGCUCUGGCGCAGGAGGAAAAGAACAAGGCGGUGCCGAGAAUGGUGAUGGCAAAGGCGCUGGCGGUGCCGGGUCGGGAGGACAGGGUGACGCUGAGGAGGGGGCUGGAGGGGCUGGCGCAGCGGGCGCAGCUGGAAGCAAUAAAGACGAAGGCAAGAAGGGAGAAGCAGGCAGUGAGUCUGCCGCCGAUGACGAGAGCGGAUGUGACGCGGAGGAGGAACAAGCCGCCGGUGGCAACGGCACCAUGGCGUCUGCGACGGGCGGCGGGAACAAGAAAGGACUUGGGCUCAUGGGCACGGGCGCAGCUGACCCAGCGGGCAUGACCUCGGCAGGCGGCCAGGUGGAUCCCGCAGCCCCCAAGAUCACGGCCGCGGCGGGCAUGGGCGACGGAGACGGAGACGACGGUAACGACUUCGUCAUUGGGUUCGACAUCGACGGCAAGUUCGGGACCACCAUCACGGCAGACCUGCCGUUCCGGGCUGCCCGCCGCAGCGCCGGCCCACAGGAUGGCGGCUGGACCAUGACGCUCAACACCGACGCGAGGCGUGCUCUCGGCGGCUUGAUGCAGGCCACUGCCACGUCGACGAGCGACUUGGCCAUUGCGACGGGCUCGUCCACCAUGGCGACCACCACAACCACCUCCGGACUGGCCACACAAGCCACUGCCACCACGCCAGCCUCAAGUGCCACCUCGGCCUCUACCAGUUCGUCCUCGACCGUCUGGCCAUCCUCGGCCUUCCGCGUCAUGGGCCUGGUCUCUGUCGCCCUGGCUGUCUUGACCUUUGUAUAA